UCAUCGGUGGAGGAAAGUCAUUCAGCCCCUAAACAAAAAAGAAAGUAAAAGAAAGUAAGAGAGAGAGAGAGAGAGAGAGAGAGAGAGAGAGAGAGAGAGAGAGAGAGAGAGAGAGACGCCAUUUCGAGGAUUACAUCUUAAACUCCUCCAUAUGUUUUUUUGACAUCUUGGCCUGGAUGAAGGAACACCCCCUGCAACUGAACCCAGCCAAGGCCGAACUCCUUGUCUUUCCAGCCAACCCUGCUGUUGAACACAACAUCACCAUGCAGCUGGGUUCAACUACAGUAACGCCUUCCAAAGUGGUCAGAAAUCUAGGUAGAAAAGAGAAUAGGGGGCAACUGCCUCUAAAAUGAGUCUCCGUGAGGAGAUAAAAGAGAAGGACAUCUGCAUAGAGGAAGAAGAGUGUGAUGCUCAUCAGUACCAUAUGCAAAUAUCAGCAUCUUCAGGAUCAAGCUCUGUGUCUAAGAUGUGUGAUCAAUCCAUGGGGAAACUGCCCCCUAAAUACAGUGAUGGAAAAUUGAGUAUCACCAGGGAGGAACAGAGAUUAGAAUCUCCAGAGCCCAGCGCUGUUUCUGUGAAGAGCAACAAAUCAUUUUUUGAGCCCCCUAAAUUCAGUGAUGGAACAGUAGACCCGUUCACACAUGCAACCAGUAUUUCCAGAAAGGUGGGACAUAGAUCAGAGUCUCCAGAACCCAGCUGUGUUUCUAUGAAGAGUAAACUAUCUUUGUUUGAACCCCCUGAUCUCCAUGAUGGAACAGUGGAUACUCACUCCAGUUUUUCCAGAAAGGUGGGACAUAGAUCAGAGUCUCCAGAACCCAGCUGUGUUUCUAUGAAGAGUAAACAUUCCUUGUUUGAACCCCCUGAUCUCCAUGAUGUUACAAUGGCUACUCACCCCAGUUUUUCCAGAAAGGUGGGACAUAGAUCAGAGUCUCCAGAACCCAGCUGUGUUUCUAUGAAGAGUAAACAUUCCUUGUUUGAACCCCCUGAUCUUCAUGAUGGCACAAUGGCUACUCACCCCAGAAAGAGAUCUAGAACAAGUUCUGGUCUACAAACACACAAAGUCAUGGGAGGAUCCCGUUAUGCUCACUGUUACACUAAACGAGCCCUGGUGGAGCGGACUGGGUACAUGAAGCAAGAAUCUCGCCAACCACUGGAUGACAUCUUGCAGAGAGUCAAAGACACUCAUAAAACCAGCAUGAAGAAUAUUUAUGAGAGCUUAUUUGAGGGAAUCAAUCUGCAAGAGAAUCAAACCCUCCUCAACAGGAUCUACACACAGCUCUACAUCAUCGAGGGCGAGACAGAAGGGGUGAAUGAAGAACAUGAGGUUUUACAGAUGGAGAAAACACCCAGAACACAGCACUCACAAGACACUCCAAUCUUCUGCAAUGACAUAUUUAAACACUUAUCUCUACCAGGAUGUGAGGACAAGAGAAGAGAGAGGAAAGGCAAAAUAAAGACUGUUCUUACUAAAGGCAUCGCUGGAAUUGGAAAAACAGUCUCUGUGCAGAAGUUCAUUCUAGACUGGGCUGAGGGGAAAGCAAAUCAGGAUGUACAUUUCAUGUUUGUGCUCUCAUUUCGAGAGCUGAACUUGAUUAAAGAUAAGCAGUACAGUCUUCACAAACUUCUGCUGGACUUUCAUCCUGAACUUCAUGAUCUGGUAUCAAAGAUUUAUGAUGGGUGUAAAGUUGUGUUCAUCUUUGAUGGUCUGGAUGAAAGCAGAAUUCCACUUCUGUUUUCAGACAUUGAGAAAGUUUCUGAUGUGACUCAGACUUCACCAGUGGGUGUGUUGAUGUCAAACCUCAUCAAAGGAGAUCUGCUUCCCUCUGCUCUCAUCUGGAUCACCUCCAGACCAGCAGCAGCCAAUCAGAUCCCCUCCAAAUACAUCAACCGUGUGACAGAAAUCCAGGGAUUCAAUGACCCUCAAAAGGAGGAAUAUUUCAGGAAGAGAAUCAGUGAUGAGCAUCAAGUCAGCAGAAUCAUCUCACACAUUAGAAGAGCAAAAAGCCUCCACAUUAUGUGCCACAUACCAGUCUUCUGUUGGAUCUCAUCCACUGUGCUUCAAAACAUCCUGAAACAGGAAGGCUGUGCAGAAAUACCUCAAACUCUUACUGAAAUGUACAUCCACUUCCUGCUCAUCCAUAUUAAUAUGAGGAAUCAGAAGUAUGAUGAGAAAGAUGGGAGAGAUCCAGAGAAACUCCUGCAGUCCAACAGAGAAGUGAUUGUGAAACUUGCUGAACUGGCGUACAAACAGCUGAUGAAAGGCAAUGUCAUGUUCUAUGAGGAGGACCUGAGAGAAAGCAGCAUAGAUGUCACUGAUGCUUCAUUGUAUUCUGGAAUUUGCACUGAGAUCUUUAAGGUGGAAUCUGUGAUUCACCAGAGGAAAGUCUACAGCUUCAUACAUCUGAGCAUCCAGGAGUUUCUCGCUGCUUUCUAUUUAUUUUACCAUUAUAUAAGCAAAAAUGUUGACACAUUGCAAUUUUUGGAUGUAGUGCAUAGUCUGCAUAAGGAAGCAGUAGAUAAAGCACUAACGAGUGAAACUGGACACCUGGAUCUUUUCCUGCGGUUCCUGCUGGGCAUCUCAUUGGAGUCUAAUCAGAAACUCUUACAAGAUCUACUGACACACACAGCGAACAGCUCAGAGAGCAUCAAGAGAACAACAGAAUACAUUAAAGACAAAAUACAGGGUGACAAACAUCUCUCCACUGAAAGAUCCAUCAAUAUGUUCCUCUGUCUGUUUGAAAUGAAAGAUCAGACUCUGUACAAACAGAUUCAGGAGUUUGUGAAAUCAGACAAACAUUCAGAGAAUAAACUCUCUCCUGCUCACUGCUCAACAAUUGCCUACAUGCUCCAGAUGUCAGAGGAGGUUUUGGAUGAGCUGGAUCUUCAGAAAUACAACACAUCAGAGGAGGGUAGAAGAAGGCUGAUACCAGCUGUGCGGAACUGCAGAAAAGCUCUUCUUGUUGGUUGUAAUCUCACUGAUCGGUGCUGUGAAAUUGUGGUCUCGGCUCUCCGAUACCCAAACUCCCUCCUGAGAGAGCUGGACCUGAGUAACAAUGAUCUGCUGGAUUCAGGAGUGAAGUUGCUCUCUGAUGCACUAAAGAGUCCAAACUGUACACUGGAGAUACUGAGAUUAUCAGGCUGUAUGGUGACAGAGGAAGGCUGUUAUAAUGUGUCUUCAGCUCUGAGUUCAAAUCCCUCACACCUUAAAGAGCUGGAUCUCAGCUACAAUCACCCAGGAGAAUCAGGAGUCAAGCUGCUCUCUGAUAGACUGGAGGAUCCAAACUGCAAACUGGAGAUACUCAACUUGGACCAUGGAAGCCAUUUCAGGAUCACACCAGGACUGCGAAAAUAUGCCUUUGAUCUCACAAUGGAUCUAAACACCGUAAAUACUCGCCUCAUUCUGUCUGAAGACAACAGAAAGGCGACACGUGUGGAAGAGAAGCAGUCCUAUCCUGAUCAUCCAGAGAGAUUUGAGAGCUUUGAGCAGGUUCUAUGUAGAGAGAGUCUGACUGGACGCUGUUACUGGGAGACUGAUUGGAGUGGGAGAGAGGUUGUAAUAUCUGUUACAUAUAAAGGAAUCAAGAGAAAAGGAGGGACUGACUGUUGGUUUGGAUACAAUGACAAAUCCUGGAGUCUAAUCUGCUCUGAUAUCAGAUUCACUGUCUGUUACAAUAAUAUCAUCACUGACUUACCUGUCCCAUCACCCCGGUCACACAGAGUAGGCGUGUAUGUGGACUGGUCGGCCGGCACUCUGUCCUUCUUCAGCGUCUCUGACACACACACACUCACACACUUAUACACAUUUAACACAACAUUCACUGAACCCCUCUAUGUUGGGAUUGGGGUUUAUGGCUCCACUGCGUCUCUGUGUCCGAUUACACAACUGAAUACACUUUUCACUAAAUAGAACACACUCAGGGCUAAACUAGUUAUUACUCUUAUGUCUAGCUAUGUAUUAGUGUUACGUUCCUGUGGGUGUGCCUGUCAGUUUCGUAGGUUCAUUACCUCUCUGAAUUCCCAUUGGUUCCAGAAGAUGUCAAUCUUCGUUAAGUGGUAUGACGUCAACUCCUCCGCUGCCAAUCAAGUUUCCCAGUCAGUGUUUAAAAGGCCUCUUAAAUUGAACGGGAGCAGAUCUCUCUUGGCUCCUCUGUCUUGUUACUGUGUUGUGUCGCGCUUAUCACGAUUGUUUGUUCUGUGGCAUUCUUAAAUCCCUGCCACUUUUGGUUUUGCCAUUUUCACGUGGAGGGACGUUGUAUUACUACUCCCUGUUUGUUAAUCUUUUUGAUAUUAAAGGCAUGUUCUCUUCCCAAGAGAAAUGUGGACAGGUAAGAUGUCACGUGACAUACACCGUACAACAUUUAGGUAACUUGAUGUUAGACACCCCAGGUAAGAAAGUGAACGCCAUCCUCAGUACGUUUUGUAUUUGUUAGAUAGAGUAGGUAAGUUACGGCGUUUGACGCUAAAGACUUAUUUUCUCUGAUUAUUUUUAUUUUAGGUUAGAGGAUUAAUCAUUCAGUUAGAUCUGUUUUCUUUUCUUUGGCCUUACUCUUGUCCCAUUUCUCUUGGGCUAAUCACUUAGAAUAUAUUUAUUCCAAUUGCACAUAUUUAUAUAUAUAUAUAUCUAUUUGCUUAUUGUUCAUCUUUAUCAUUAUAUCUUGUUACACUUAUGUAUAAUAAA